GAAAAAUAAAUACUAUUUGACAUCUUGGAAAGUUUCUACAAUAGAUUCAUUAUCGUAGACAGAAGAUUUCUGCUACAAAACAUUUCUAAGCCGACAAGUUAAGAAUAUGUCCCUGGAGUGAACUCAAUUGUUUAGAACCAUGUUCUACAAUAGAUUCAUUAUUGUAGACAGAAGAUUUCUGCUACUAAACAUUUCUAAGCUGACAAGUUAAGAAUGUCUUUGGAGUGAACUCAACUGUUUAGAAUCAAGUUCUCAAUGCUGUUAUUAAUACUAUCCAGCAGCCGUCCUUGCAGGAGCAACUAACCAGUCAAACACAGCCCCAUGGAUCCUAGAUUGCUCAAGGCAGCGACGUCUGGCAAUGUUGCUGACCUUAAUCAGUUGGUUAGGGAAAGCCCCAAUAUCCCUCUUGGCAAAACUCCCCUUAAUAACACAGCCCUUCACAUUGCGGUGAUGUUUGAGCACGAGCAAUUUGCAAAGGAGCUCUGUUCAAGUAGUCCAUCCCUCCUUUUGACAACAAACUCAAAUGGAGAGACUCCGUUGCACAUCGCUGCUAUGGCUGGUCAUCACUCUAUGGCCACUUUUUUUAUUCAUGUUGCAUCCGAGGUGCCUCAUCAUGGCGAUGACAUAGAGAGGCAGAUGAUGAUGACAACGGAUAAGAAUGGGAACACCGUUCUGCACCAGGCCUGCUUGCGGCACGGCCACAGCAGCCUAGCGCUGGAGCUGCUGGAGGUAGAACCCGAGCAGUCAAAAUUGAUCAACCGCAACGAUGAGUCACCGAUGUACAUUGCAGCCUUUGGAGGCUUAGCUGAUGCUGUGAUCGCAUUGGUGCGAAUUCCUUCAUCUAAUCAUGGAGGACCCAAUGGAAACAAUGCUCUGCAUGCUGCUGCUGUGGCCGAGCAUUCAGGCAUAACGGAAAUGUUGUUGAGACAAAGGCCGGAGCUCGCCAAAGCUCUGAACAAGCGUGGUGUCAGCGCACUCGUUCGUGCAGUACAGAGCCAGAAACUGGAGAUGUUGCAGUUGUUUCUAAGGUUUGAUCCCUCUCUGGCAUACACGAUGAAUGCUUUGGGCUCGGCCAUUCAUUAUGCUGCAGGACUAGGCCAUGUCCGCAUGACCGAAGAGCUCAUGCGCCACUGUCCAGACUCUGGUCUUGCAGUUGAUAGAUUCGGCCAUAAUGCACUUCAUGUGGCAAUAGCUCAAGAGAAGGUGGAUUUUGUUAAGUACAUCCUAAAGACACCAGCGCUUCGUGGAUUGCUUAACCAGCCAGCUAGCGGAUGGGUAACUCCCCGGCAUUUGGCUGCGAAGGGUUGCAAUCCCGAAAUACUUCGAGCUAUCUUGGCUGAUGAAAGGGUGGACCGUGGGGCUGGCGGCUGGGCUGCUCUCGGACAGUUCAUUGAAAAUAAGGAACCUGCCAAAACUUUGAAAUGGGGUGCGAUGUCGUGCGGUACAUCAUAAGUACUUUUUGUUCGUGCCAUUCCAGCCGUGGGUGAAAGUGGACACUGGCAACUUGCCAAAAAAGAGAUCGCCGAGCAAGCAAACCGUCGAAUCCAAUCAUUAACUCAAAGAUACACCCAGAACACCACGGUGACGGCCAUCCUCAUUGCCACGGUUACAUUCGCCGCUGCCUUCACAAUGCCUGGAGGGUUUAGCAGCGACGAGGGCCCUGACGAAGGCUUGCCAAUUCUAGCGAGGAAAGCAGCCUUUAAGGUGUUCUUGAUAUCGGACACCAUUGCUAUGGCCACCUCCCUCGCUGUUUCUUUUCUAUGUAUCUUUGCAGGAUGGGAAGACAUGGACUUCUUGCUCCACUACGGGGCAUCCACAAGGAGGCUGCUGUGGUGUGCAUUUGCUGCAAUGUCUGUGGCAUUUGCUACCGCGAUGUUCACAGUGGUAGCACCACGAAACCUGUGGCUGGCUGUCCUUAUUUGUUUACCGUGCUGUGCCCUUCCCUUCGUCACCUAUAUCUUGGGCAUGUGGCCACUCUGCAAGCUCCCCCUUCGUUUUGGCAGGACGUUUCGCCCGGAUCUCCUCGAACAGAUCUAGCUAUUCAG